AUGACUUCUAGAUCCUCAACCCCCGAUCAGUCCAUGGGUUCGAUGACGGUGACUUCAUCAGAUUCCCGCGUGACAUCGUCCGAAUCUAGUCGCGAGGAACGAUGCGACGACCUUUUCGAGACUUUGAGACGAGAAAUGGUAUUCUCAUUAUUUAUCGCUAUUUUCAAGGAAAAGAAGUUGUCAAAAUUUCAGCAUGCAAUGCGAGCUCGCGACGCGGCUAUACUGGCGGAUUUGCAUCGCGUCGAAUCGCAAAUUCAAAGUGUCAAAAUGGCUCGUCUUGGGCUCUACGACGCCACUCCACAACCGGUGCCAAGUCUUCCGAUCUAA